AGAGCUGCUCCUAAAAUUGAAAUAUAAUUUGAAAUUGAAACUUUUUCAGUUUUUUUAUUGAUUUGAUUACAGGAAAAAUUCCAAAAAUUCUUAUCCAAAAAUAACGCCUCCAAUUUUGUUUACUCAACAGACAGAGUUAACGGCAAUUUUUAUUAACAGCGCGCCGCGGUUCGCUGUUAUUAACAUUUUAACUAUAUGUUAGCCGAACUGUCAGGCGUAUUGCAGCACACGCUUAGCUAAGAAAUUAAUAAAUAAGCAUUUCAGCUAAAGGUGAAAAUUGCUAAAAAUGUCCUCUGAACGCAGCGAUCCCAAAGAUUCCAGCUCCCCCUCGUCGCCCACCUCCCAAAUUGCUGUAGAGUGGAAGCCCCCCGUAGAUACAUAUAUAAAGUGUCCUUAUGACGCUGGGCAUCGCAUACUGCGCAGCCGUUUAUCCUGGCACUUGACCAGAUGCGCUCGCAAUCAUCCCGGCAGCAAUAUGAUACGCUGCCCCUUCAAUACCACCCAUGUGGUGCAUAGCUCCGACAUGGAUUCGCAUGUUAAGAACUGCACGAACCGAAUUGACUUCGUGAGAUUUCAAAACCCCGAUAUGUUGCCGCCCAAAGAGCCACUUGCCUCGCCUGUCGACUUGGUCGAGUCCUCCGAGAACUGGGAUGAUGAGCCCCCGGUGGAAACCUACGAUCCGAGAGCCUACUGCGAACAGAACCUAGUCAUACGCAGCUUAGUCGGUGCGCCGCCAGCUUCGCGGCGCGUUUUUCGCGAACUCGAGCGAAAGCGUUUCCAGCAAAUUAGCCAAGGCAAGAACAACUAAAAUGUGAUUUAGCCUUAUCUUCACAUACAUACAUGCAAACAUACACACACUUAACUUUAUUUGCAUUUAAACAUUAUGUAUGCAGAAAUGCCUAAUCGCAACGGCUCGUUCCAGUCAGUGUUGUAAAUGCUCACAAUUAUUUAGUACUAAAAAUAGGCAUGUUAUUUAAACGUUUAUUACUAAAUGUAAAGCUAGAAUAUAA